ACGCUCUUAUCACUUACUCUCCUUAUCGUCUUAUCACAGAAAAGAACUUAGUAAGAACGAAUCAGUUUUCCAAAUUUCGUGAGUUUAUUUUGUAACUAUUUUAUCUUACACAAAUUGUUCGGUGUACACUGAGUCAAGCGUUUUUUACAUUUUAUAAUGUAAUUUGAUCGAAUGUGCUCUUUUAGCUUUUGUGCAGCUCAUCUACUCAUUUACAAAACAAUGUCUUGUGCCAUUUCAAAUGGAAGAUCUAUCAUUCAACUAAUAACGCUUAAAAAUACUCGGACUUCACCACGUUUUAUGUAUCAAUCCCUGAACAGAUUAUCACUGGAAAGAAACGUAAUAACUGACAUCAAUGUAUAUUCAACAACCCAGCGGUCUCUCCUAAGUCCCAAGUUUGGAACGCUCUGUAGCGCUGGGCUUCCUUUGAGCAAAAAAUUUUCCCAAAAUUGUAACGAGUUUGAUUACCAUAAAGUUUGCGAUGAAACAUUAGAUUCCCUCUGUGAAUAUUUUGAAGAUUUAGUUGAAAAUUCAGCACAUCUUACUGCAGCGGAUGUAACCUAUGGAGAUGGUGUACUCACGGUAAAUUUUGGUGCUCCUCAUGGAGUGUACGUAAUCAACAGACAAACUCCAAAUAAACAAAUAUGGCUGAGUUCUCCUACCAGUGGACCUAGAAGGUAUGAUUUUGAAUCCAGUAAAAAAGCCUGGAUCUAUCGACACACUCAAGAAUCUCUUCAUCAACUUCUCCAGUCUGAAAUUUCCAAAAUAGUUAGACAGGAGGUGAACUUUUAUCAAUGUGCCUUCAGUGGCCAAGAUUAGAAUUUAAUUCUCUAUUUAAGUUCUUGUCAUCUUGUGAGGUUCAUGUUUUUAUUUUUAAGAAAAUUGUUAUUUCCUUCAUUUGCACAUACAUGUAACUAUAUUUGUCUUACAAUUGAAGCAAGGAUCGUGAAGUGAAGGAAAAUUGUUUAGGUUUGCUUUUCUUCAGGGCGUUAUUUGAUGUAAAAAGAAAAUAAAUAAAUAUAUCUAAGUAGAUA